UGUGUCAGAAGAAGAAGAAACAAAGAUGGCGGCCGGAGUCAAACGUCUGUAAACAAAAAACAUCAACGACGCGUUUUCUUCGUGUUUUAAUUUAAAACAGGAAACAGAUCGAAACCGUCAGAAGUUGAGCUCCAGUUCCGGUGCGGAGCCGUCGUCAUGGAGACAGAGGAACAGGCCAGGACUCGUUUCCAGUCGGAGCUGGAGUUCAUUCAGUGUUUGGCGAAUCCAAACUACCUGAACUUUUUGGCUCAGAGAGGUUUCCUGAGAGAGAGACCGUUCAUCAACUACCUGAAGUACCUGCUCUACUGGAAGGAGCCCGAGUACGCCAAGUUCCUCAAGUAUCCUCACUGCCUGCACAUGUUGGAGCUGCUGCAGUACGAGCACUUCAGGAAGGAGCUGGUCAACGCUCAAUGCGCCAAGUUCAUCGACGAGCAGCAGCUGCUGCACUGGCAGCACUACUCCAGGAAACGCACCCGGCUGCAGCAGGCGCUCGCCGAGCAGCAGCAGCAGGCGCAGCAGCCGCCGCACGGGAACGCCGCCGCCAAGUGACGGAGGAGGAGUUGAAGCUCAGCUGGUCCUGAUGUUAGAGAACGUCUGACGUCAACAUAUCAGACUUUUCUUUAUGUUUUUGAUAUAAAUGCUUCUGAGCCUGUGGAGUUGAACUGAGACGUUUUACAGACGCUGAUCAGCUGAGAGACACACACACACACACACACACACACACACACACACACACACAAUGACCGGCUGCUGAAAUAAUGACAGGAAACACAAAACACGAUCAAUUUCCAUAAUAAAGGAUUUUUUUAUUUGAA